AUGGCUGGGCUAAAGCCUCUCAGCGAAAAUGGUGAUCCCGCGAUCUCAUGCUCUGUACAAGCGCCGACAUGCGCCGGCGACAGUGCCGACUUCAAUUCGUGUCUUCAGAACUUGGUGAUGAGUUUCAUGGCACUUUCCCUGAAACGUUUGAAACGAAACCAAACCCUGAAGUUUUUGACACUGCAACAGCUGUCGAAGUUGCUUCGCGUUCAAUUCCUGUGGAGACCUUGGUCACCUGUCACUAUACGGAAGAGGGGCUACAGCAUCAUGCGGCUGUGUGACUACCUCGAGAACAAGGGGAGCGUCUUUCCGUGCAGUGAGGAGUGCAAGGUGCAAAGGAGCCUGCUUAGGACGGGACGCCAUAAGACAAUGAAAUCACAGAUGCAUCGUCACCAAUUCUUGCCAAUGGUGGCACCAUGUCAUGGAGUGGAUGGCAGGGAUUGGGGUUCAGUCUGGAUCAAAGUUCGAGACACCAUGAAACUGGAAUGGCCACCCAAGGGACUCAUCAUGCCUGCACCUGGACUUCAAGGCCAGGCCACCAGUAGGCCAUUGGAGACGCAAGAGUGUGCAGCUUGGCUGAGGAAAUUGGUUGGGGGCCCAGAUGAUCCAGCUGGAAGACGCAUUUCUAGCCAUUCAUUGAAAUCAACAUUCCUUUCACAUGCUGCAAAGCGUGGCAUUGGCAUCUCUGAACGAUUGCAGCUUGGUUAUCACACAAGCAAGUUCGAGAUGGGCAUGGUUUACAGUCGUGAUGGUGCAGCCGCUAGCUUUUUGGUGCUUGAGAAUUUGAUCAGGGACAUUUCUUCUGGUCUUUUUGGCCCAGACGACACUAGGAGUGGUAGAGUCAAGCCGUUGGAUCAGCCACCAAAACCUGCAGGAGAUGGUGACGUGAUUGACAUCAAGGACGAGCCGGAGGUUCUCGAGGUGUCCAGUGCUGAGAGCGGUUCUGAAUCAGAUUCAACUUCUAGUGAAGAGGAGAGACCAAAGUGCGUCAAACAUUCACCUGUGUUUCAACCUGCUGCUGCACCACCUGGUUUUUCGAUGUGGCAGCAUCGGAAACUCAAGACGCUGCACCUGAUGGCAGUGGAGAACAGUAGGGUGUUUGCAUGCGGCAGGAACGCCGGGGCCUUACAUGAGAAACUAGGCAAAGCCCCUGAAUUUGAUACUCCACUUUGUGGCCCCGGCUGUGUUUCAACAGAUCAAGCACAGUUGGCGUUUUCACCCGCCGUGACGGAGCGGCUCCUCCCUCAGGAGUGUGACGAGACGACUGGGUCCACGAUACGGCCCCGGGUGAGCCACGAUACGAUGGCCACGAUGGGCAGACACCAACUGAAGCUGGUGAUUUCAACAGAAAGUUACCGAGCUGAGAAAGGGAGAAAGGUCAUUGAGGCCGAGUGGAACUCCGAGCUCAAGUAUCAACGGUGCAUGAUGCGGAGGGGAUUGGCCUUUGACCAAUGCCGUGUUCUCAGUUGGAACGUGCAUCAGCAUUGGGUUAACUACAUGCUGAAUUUGUUGAGCAGGCCUGUCAACCCAGGGUUCCAACAGAUCAAGCUUGAUCAGCAGGUCCGAGCCGAUAGAGAGCUUUGGACACUACUUGCACAAGAGGUUUCGGCAAGCUUGAAGAUGGACGGAAACGAGAUUCCACUGGACAAGCACGUCACUAGACUUGCAACAGACCCAAGGGCCACCAUGCUGCUGUUGCCGCUACCGGCGAACCAAAGAGUGACAGAAGCGCCUGACAAGCCCAGGCCAAAUCCAAAGGCUGGCCCUGCGAAACCUGCUGCAAAGGUCUCUUCCAAGCGCAAGACCCGCGCAGAGCGAAGUUGCCCUGAAGAGCUGAAACAAUACACUACAAAGGUUGCCGCAGGUGGGAGAGCAGAAAGUGGUGCACUUCCAAUGCAGAGCGCUGGCAAAAGCCACCAUGCACCUGAUGUUUCCACCAUCUCCAAAAAGGAGGACCUUAUGUCAGAUGGGGAGCCGCCUCAAGGCGAUAACCCGCCAACUUUCACUGCAGAAUCCGAGGAGGCUGAUCGACAAGAUGCCACGGCUGUUUUUCUCGAUGUCGAUGACAAUUCAACAGUUGAAAAGAUCCACAUUGGGAUCCCCAGUGAACCGGACGAUUUUGUUCAGAGAGCAAUUGCGGCAGGUCACCCGAGAAGCUUGGAACAGCACCUGGACCCGCAUGUCAAGAGCAUGAUACAUGCCAACUUUGUUGCAGACCCUUCCAUAGUUGCGAAGAAACGAGCCGACUUCUUCAGGAAGUAUGUCAAACGAGCGUCAGAACUGUCAAGACAAGAAGAGGAGCUCAGGAGCAAGAUGCCCCAACAUGUUUUGGAGCUGGUGGGCAACAAACGUUUGGUUCUAUGGAAGGAGAUCCUCAGUGACUACGGAUAUCCCGAUGUCAACCUGAUCGAAGACAUUGCAGCUGGCUUCAAACUCAGUGGGUGGAUGCCGAGGUCACACGUCUUCAAAACCAGGACAAAGAGGCCUUCAAUGGCCUUGAGCACCUUGAAGGGCCUUGCAAAGGCUCUGAACACAGCCGCCCUUCGAAACAUGGAUGUCAGGCAAGACUCCGACUUAGAAGCCGCCACAUGGCAUGAAACUGAAGAGGAAGUUAGGAAACGCCUUGACUCGUCAAUUCAGGGCAGCCUUCUCCUUCUCAGAGACAGAGUUUUGGAAGCCCCUCCAGUGGUAAUAGGCCGACCCCUUGGAGAUACCUGGAUCAUCUUUACAGAUGGAGCUUGCAAUCCUGAGUGCAAAACUGGAAGCGUAGGAGGCCUGAUACUAUCCCCUCAGGGUCGUUGCCUGUCCUUCUUCAGUGACGUCGUGCCGGAGGACAUAACUGUCGAGCUGUUCAAAUUUUCCUGCAAUCCAAUUCACGAAUUGGAACUGAUGCCUGUUCUCAUAGCUUGUUUGGAAUGGGGGUCCCUUUACAAAGGGGCGCUCAUAGUUUACUACAUCGACAACGAGUCGGCAAGGAUGGCCCUAGUGAAAGGGAGUGGAGAGACGCAUUUUGCCUCCCACCUUAUCAGUGACUUCGUCAGCCUAGAGGCUGAACUACAGCACAAGACCUGGUUCGGAAGAUGCCCCAGUCACAGUAAUCCAUCAGAUGGAGCAAGCAGACUCGAUCUAACCUGGGUCGAAAGCAAGGGUGCCUGCCGAACCAAUAUCGAUUGGGAGAGGCUAAGGCAUCGCAUUGGUCUAGGUGGGGAGAUGCCGGAGAUGCGAUGA